AUGAAGAUUCUUAUGGACGUGCAAACGCGUUCCGACAAUGGUGAGACAAUCGGCGCAGGGCACCUGGCGCCGAUCAUCGAAGGAUCAGAAAGCAACGUCAUAUGUUGCUUGCCGCAGGCCGGUUAUCGGCCAACGACACCUGCUGCAGAGAAAACUUUGCCCGACCAGAUCGACGAACAGAUCAUGAUGCCACAAUCUGGAUCCCGGCCGGCUUUACCGCUGAGCUUGAUCGCG